AUGAACGGACACACGGAGCAUCGGAGUGGCAAAUGGGAUCGACAAGAGCUGUAUCGUUCAACAAUGCAGGCAUUGGAAGGAAGAUGCUCUACGCGGUCUAAUCUUGCUAAAGAAUUCGAAAUGCAAAUACGUGAAUUUACCGCUACUGUGCGUCUGGAAUGCCACUUGGUUGAUCUCCUUCGGAAACGUCUUGAGGAACUGAAUGAACCGGAUCGUUUGCUUAUUUCAAGACUUAACAGAGUUUUAUGCGAGUUGGGAGACAGUAAUUCGUCAGUACUUAGUCGACCUCUUUAUCAUAUGCUCUCGCCCACUAGACCAGCUCAUCGAGUUUGGACAAUGUGUACCACAGAUCCUGAACGUCUGAAGAGUUUGGUUUCUGAAGUUUGCCAUAUGGCCAAUAUCAUAUGCGAUAAUGGAGAUGUGAGUUAUUUUGAGUCUCGAAAAAUUUUCUUUGGACUUUUAUUCUUACUAGAAAAGGAACAAAAUUCGUGUCAAGUGAAAUUUAGCGCUGCAUUGCCAUCGGCAUGGAGUGCUGCUGACUGUGCCAAAUACUUGAUUGAGAAGCAAGAAGUAGUAGAAGAUAUGUUAUCUGAACGGCGAGCACGACAUUUUGGCAGUUACCGCAGUAUGAAAAAUGGUUUUUCGCUGAUGAAAUCAGCAUCUCUAACACUGGGACGGGCAACAUCUUCUCUUCCAACGCUUGUUUCUCCGGAUGCUCCUGCAAAUCUCUCGAAAAAUGAUCCAUCAAUUAAUUCAAGACCGUUCAAUGAAUUAGCUAGAGAAAAAUCGAAUCCUGAUAAAAUAUCAGAUGGACAGCUGUCUACUGGAGACAGCAGGACACAGAUACCGCUUGAACCUAAUGUUUUCGUUCGUGAAAUGAGGCAGCAGUCGUUUCGAGAAUCUUCGCUCACAGAUGAAUCAGAUUCAGCUUGCGCUUUGAAAGAAGAAACUUUCAAUUCGACAAGUCCUUCAGCAGCAUCUUCCAUCCCCGUGUGCCAGACGGAUAGCUCAUACGAUAGUCGUGAUUUGCAAGCUCCACUGUUUGAGCAGACGAUAUCCAGUUGUAAUUUAUCAACGUCAACCACUGUUACAUUAGGAAACUUGUCAGCGGAGCCAAAUUUCAUGCGUUUCGGUGAACGAUUCUUUUCACGACCAAUUGAUAUUAUUUCUUUACCCAAUAUUUUCACCAAGAAACAAUUGCUCGCUGUUUCCGAUAGUUGUGGAGGUGAAUUUUCAAAAGAUUUUUCAGGUGUAUAUAUAGUGACAUGUAAAGGAGAAAUAUUGCAACAUUUGCCAACACGAGACAGUUCGGCAUCAUCAUUAACUAUUGAUCCGACAAGUUGGCGUCUUCUAGUUAGCGUAAUGCAUAGCAAAGGACGAAGCAUACAUGCGUUUGAUAUUACGAAUCAUUUUAAAAAAGUAGAGGUAAUUCCUUGUCCCAAAGAACCAAAGAUUGAGUUGAGUAGAACGCGGUGGAUAACAGUUAGCCCACGCGGUGAAUUAUUUGCAGUUUCCGGAGAUAAUCAUCGUUCAGCAAUAUGGAUGUACAAUCAAUCGAGAAAGGAAUCAAGAAAAACUCGGUAUCAAUAUCUUCGAGUGGCCGAAGAUCAAGCCGAAUACAAAGCUGUUGUGCUAUUAACGUGUGAUGCAGCACAAAACCGUAUAUUACUCUUCGUUGCGGACCAUACUGGUACCUUAAUUAAUGAAUAUGACUUAACGAAGACAUAUAAACUCUAUGAGUGUAUAAAAAAUCCGGCCAGUGCUAUUGUCGAUUCACUUGGGAAUUUGUUGGUACUUGAUUAUGCUACUAGUCGUUUAUGGGCAUUAUUGGGCAAUACGAAAGGGAUGCGUCGCUUAAAAGAAAUUGUUAUUCCUAGCCCAUUGGGCCCCCAAGAGGCUCUUGGAAUUACUGCACAUGGUGACUGGAUCUAUAUGACCUGUUUUGCUCGUCGGGAAGUUAUUUGUGUAAGAUAUUUGAUGAAUGGUGUAUUAGCACUGUCAUGUUGCACAACCACCUCAGAAACGCCAAAGUCAGAUAGAAGAGCUGUUUCACUACCAAGACCAACGGGGAAACCGAAUCAAGUUUAA